AUGGCGGCCGGCGCGCCGCUGAGAGACUACCACUAUGUUCCAUUACAGGACGGGGAAGUACGACUCAUACGAAUCCUGCCUUUUGUGGUCCCCACCGGUCCGCUGCCUGCGACUUGGGCCACAGUCGACGUUACCAACCCUGUCCGGCUCGAAUUUCGACACGCUCCGCUCGACCGGUCGCACACAUGUCUUUCAUAUUGCUGGGGUUCUGCUGAGCAUCUGAAAGAAAUCUUUCUCAAUGGGCACCGCUUCUUCAUUCGAGACAACCUCUUCCAAUUCCUUUAUGAAGCCAGACGGACAGGAUUGACUAGCUGGCUCUGGAUAGAUGCGAUCUGUAUCAACCAGGUGGACACUGAUGAACGCAACAAGCAGGUACAAUGGAUGCCUUACAUCUUUUCCCGAGCAUGUGAGGUGUUGGUCUGGCUCAACUCUGGCACGAUACGACCGCGCUCCGCGCUCACUGAACUUGACAUCAUCACCAUCUCUGGUAGCGAAACAACUGCAAUGGUCAAUCAAGUGAGGAACCCAUUUUCGAAGCUAAACGACUGCCUUGCUGUAGUUCCACCACUCGUCGAUAACAACUACUUUGACAGGAUGUGGAUCAUCUCGGAGAUCAGGCUUGCCCGAUCACUGCACUUCCUAUCGUUCGACGUCUCUUGUUCCCUUUCGGCCUUCAGGCAGCUGCUGAAAAUAUACACAUCGAGUGCGUACCUUUGCGGUGAUGCUUGCCAGAAUCGUUGCGCGCGAAUCAAGAAUGUUAACGCUCUGCUCAAACGGCCAAGCGGUUCGCCGGCUCGUCCAUUGUCCCAAGUAAUACAAAGCAUCAGUGGUCUCGGUUGCGAAUGCGAAGAUUCACGCGACCGAAUCUACAGCAUACUCGGUCUUAUCCAGGGUGGGAACACCAUACAGGUUGAUUACAGCGAGAAUCUUCUGGGCUUGUAUGUAAGAAUUCUGCCCGGUCAAUAUAUUGUGGAGAGUCGCAGAGCUGAAGCAAUCACAUUGGGAGAAUAUCUCGGUCUGAACUCGAUUGAUAUUGACGAGAUCUACGAGUACAGCAGAGCACUACUUGUCGAUGACUUGGACGACGCCGCGAGCCAGACGUUGUGGAGUGUAUGCGAUAUCCGGGAUUUCCAGCAUAAUGGAACAACGAUAGGCGCCUUUUCAUGCUUGGAGACUUCAUGGACCCACUGGCUACAGAAAGGUGAUCUGUUGAUCGGCAUUGAGUUGAAGUUUGAAUAUGGCCAGUUCAUAUUCAAAUAUGGCCGCUUUGCGUUAGAGCUAUCCCGUUCAAGCCCCGGUGUAGAGGAUGCACAACACGGCUUGUAA